CCGGCGCGGUGCGGCGGGCAGAGCGGAGCGGCCGCGGCGGUGAGAUGCGCGGAGCGCCGGGCGGCGGCGGCACUUGGGGUCCAGGGGCAGCGGUGGGGCCGGGGCAGCGCUUCCCCGGGGCCUCUGGGUCCGCUCCGGUGAAAGACGAGUUCUCCGAGCGUGACGUUGGCUGCGAAGCUGUCCAGAUGCCAGCUCCCACCCUCCAGCCUGCUCAGCUCAGAGAGUAACCUCAACAGGCGGCCUGCUGUUACUUUAAAUAAGAACUCCCUUCACCUCGUGCUGGAAGGUGAGAAAUUCUCCUGGAAGAGGACGGCAGUGACACUUGGAGCUCACAGGCUGUUUUGGCAGGGAGCACGAAACAGAGCAAAAGCCCCCGGGAGCCUUCAGGCUCAAAUUCCGCAGAGGGACAGUGCUACUGGAGAAAGCAACCAAGCCCUGGUAGUAAGAAGAGCUUUUCUGGAUUGUAUCAUCUCUAAAAGCCAGUACUUCUCGUACCUACUCUUUUCUUUCUCAUCUAUUCAAGCGUCUGUGUUAUUCAGUGGUCUUUACUUCAUCUGUUUUUCUCUUGGGUUGCCCCAUCACAGCAGGAAAAAGACCUGAAGAAAGAUGCGCUGAAGCGCCACACCUCAAAGACGACAAGUUUGGCUGCCGAACAGCGUUGGAGAGGAGGAGAACUAGAGUGAAUUUGCUGCAGCUCCCAGUCCUUGUGGUGUUCCCUGCUCAGUGCUCAGCAUCCUCUGUUCCUGGACUUUGCUUGAUGGGGAUCUCUGGUGCAGGAGCAGUCUCUGCACUCAAAGGCAGGCGAGCGGGGGUAGGAGAGGUCGCCUCUAGAUGCCGGAAAGGCCAUUUGUACAAGCUCCUGGCAGAAGAUCUCUUCUGGAACAGCUGCUGGCUGUAGGUCCACCAAGCCAAGGGUCAGGAGAGCCGCUCUGCAGCAUGUCUUCCAAACCAGAGCAGAAGGAGACCCACCAGGGCAACGGGGCCGUGCUGCCCAUCGUGCCCAUGGACUGUCUCACCAGUCCGGACCGGGGACAGCUGGACCCCCCAGAUUUCCGGGGACCUAAUGGAGACGGGGUAGAAGUGGUGGUGCUGGAGUCUCAUGCCAAUGCGAAAGGAGUGCGAGAAGAGGACGCCCUGCUGGAAAACGGCAGCCAAAGCAAUGAAAGUGAUGACACCAGCACAGACCGAGGUCCCGAGCCAGCCUCGCCACUCAAGGAGACCUCCUUUUCCAUCGGGCUGCAGGUCCUCUUUCCAUUCCUGCUGGCAGGCUUUGGGACAGUUGCUGCUGGAAUGGUGCUGGACAUCGUGCAGCACUGGGACGUCUUCAAAUACGUGACCGAGAUAUUUAUCUUAGUACCUGCGUUGCUGGGCCUGAAGGGGAACCUGGAGAUGACUCUGGCGUCUCGCCUGUCGACAGCUGCUAACAUUGGCCAAAUGGAUACACCCAAAGACCUCUGGAGGAUGAUAACGGGGAACAUGGCUCUGAUACAGGUUCAGGCUACUGUGGUUGGCUUCCUGGCCGCAAUCACAGCUGUGGUAUUUGGUUGGAUCUCGAACGGGCACUUCAACGUUGUCCAUGCUAUCCUGCUUUGUGCCAGCAGUGUGGCUACUGCAUUCAUCGCUUCCCUUGUUCUGGGCUUGAUUAUGAUCGGGGUCAUCGUCGGAUCCAGGAAGAUGGGGAUCAACCCCGAUAACGUCUCCACGCCAAUCGCUGCCAGUCUGGGGGAUCUCGUCACCCUGGCUCUGCUUUCAGGAAUCAGCUGGGGCUUGUACAAAGAGAUGGAGAUCAAAACCUACGUGAAUCCUUUGGUGUGCGUCUGCUUCGCAGCUGUGCUGCCCAUCUGGGUCGUCAUCACCAAGAGGAACGAAGCAACCCGGGAGGUGCUGUACUCUGGCUGGCAUCCGGUCGUUAUGGCCAUGGGCAUUAGCAGUAUCGGGGGCUUAAUUUUGGACAAAAUGGUCACGAAUCCAAACUUUGCUGGGAUGGCCGUCUUCACGCCGGUUAUUAACGGUGUGGGUGGCAACCUGGUGGCCGUGCAGGCGAGUCGCAUCUCCACGUACCUGCACAUGAGCGGGAUGCCCGGAGAGAGCUCCGAAACAGCCCCUCGCAAGUGCCCCAGCCCUUGCAGCACCUUCUUCGGCUCAGAUGUGAAUUCUCGCUCCGCUCGCGUGCUCUUGCUUCUGGUGGUGCCUGGGCACCUGAUCUUCCUUUACACCAUCAGCUCCUUGCAAGGCGGCCACACGACGCUCACCCUGAUUUUCAUAGUUUUCUACAUGAUGGCUGCGCUUCUCCAGGUUGUCAUCCUGCUGUACGUUGCCGACUGGAUGGUGCACUGGAUCUGGAGCAGGGACCUCGACCCUGACAACUACUGCAUCCCGUACUUGACAGCGCUGGGGGACCUGUUUGGAACGGGUCUUCUCGCUUUCAGCUUUUACAUCCUCUGGCACAUCGGUGACCGGGACUCCGAUGUGGGCGACUAGCUUAUCACGGCUCUCCUCCUCCUCUCGUUCUGUUGUCGGUGUUUCAUUUCCCCCACCCUUGCUCUCCUUGGCUUCCUCCCCCCACCCUGUCUCUCUUGAGACUUCAUCUUUGAUACUGGAUUCUCAUUAUUUUCAAUGGGAACUUUAUGUGGUUUAUAUUUCAAGCCAAGUUUGUACAGGAAGUAAAUCUAGUUUUAGGAAGGACAAAAAAAAACAAAUUAUAAGUGUAACAAGACAAUCACCAAGUGCAAUUCCAUAGUAGUUGGGUUUGAACCGAGGUUACAGUGAAGACGCUGAUCAGUCAGAUUGCACAGGGAGCUGGUCCCGGUCACUAGAGCUGCUUUUUUCGCUUCAUAAGCGUUUUAAAUACUGGAGUUAAGGUUCAGGUUUAUUUUACUGAACAGGCACCUUCUAGCACCCCUCGAGGAUGAGGGUGUGGGGUGCCUGCUGUCUCCUCAGCUCUUGUAUUUGCUCUUGGAAUCACUGAAUCCCAGAAUGUCAGGGGUUGGAAGGGACCUGGAAAGCUCAUCCAGUGCAAUCCCACCAUGGAGCAGGAACACCCAGGUGAGGUUACAAAGCUCCAAAGCACACGAGAGGGAUCAGCAAGGAUGGGUUCUCUGUGCCAAAACCCCCAUUUCCGUGUGCGCGCAGGGACAGCGGUUGAGCUCGGGGUCUCAUAGAGUGUCCUGAGCUGGAAGGGACCCAGAGUUCAACUCCUGUCUGUGCACAGGACAGUCCCAAAACUCACACCGUGUGUCUGAGGAUGUUGGCCAAUUGAUUCUUAAUGUUGACAGGCUUGGGGCUGUGACACCUCCCUGGGGAUCUUGUUCAGUGCUGGCCAGAACUAGCUGAGCUCUACAAAGCCCUGCCCAAGUGCAGACAGGUUUGAUUUUUAGGGCAGGAGUGAUUUGUUAGAACAGCUCCUGCCUCCCGCUGGAAAACAAAGCUAAGGCACCUGUCCAAGUCAAGAUCAAAGUUUGGGAUCAAGCAUUGUCCCAACCCAGAGGUCGGCUUGCAGAGCUGGUCCUUAUCCGGAGACGAGCGUGUUGGAAAGGAAGGUCAGGAUUAGCGAGUGGGCAACCAGUUCUGGAAAGCCGCAGAGCAGAUGUGUCCAAACCGAUGGGCGCUUGGGCUCUUGCUGUCUCAGGACCUCUCUGAAGCUGCAGAACCAUCUUUCCCUGCUCGUGUGGGUGUCUGAGCUCUGCUGCCUUGGCCGUGUUCGGGAGGCAGAGCGGGGAUCUCGCCCUCGUUGCUCGCUCAGACCCUCAGAAGAGCAGGUGACCUAUUUUUGAGACUGUUUUCCCCUUUCUCCCUCGCUAACGUUAACGUUCAGCCUCGCUUUCCCCUUCCGCACCUCUGAAUCUCGUGCUCUCCACCCCGCUGACGUGACUCGGCUCGUUUGGCCAAAACUGUUCAAAAACCCCCCAAAAAUAAACCAACAACCCAACCCUCAGCCCAUCCUGUACCCAGGUCUGGGGUAUUUUCUGCUGCUCACUUCAUUUCUCUGCCUAACGUUGAGGAACAGAUCUGAGACUUCCUCCCAUUAACACUUAAGCUUUUAAACAUAUAUAUAUAUAUAUAUAUAAAUGAGAAACUCUCCUGGUCUUUUAGGUGUCACAUCACUAUUUAGUUCCCCAAGAAAAGAUUCCGCAGAUGAAGAAUCUGCCGCUCAGUCUCCUGUAAAAUGAGGAGGCCAGAGGUGCCGAGAGCUGUUGCUGCUGGGCUGGGGGUGUCCAGAUGUUCGUAUAAGGUCUUGAGGUGUGUGGGGAACAGGUCAGGGAAGACUCUGAUUUAAAAUUGAACAAUAUCGAUGGUCAAAAACUUUUCCCACCAGUUGCACUCAAAUGCAUGCCUACUCUACAGCUGACUGCAAAUGAAAAAUACUGGUUUACUCUUUUUAUUAAAGGAAGAAGACUGUCUUAAUUAUUUAUAGCUCCUAUAACUGAAUUGACAGAUGUCAACUUAACUGAUAAAUUAUAUUUGGUUAAAUAAAGAUGAACUUUAUUUA